AUGGCAGUAGAGAGAGCCCAGAAGCACCUACAAUACUUGGAUGCUUUCCUGGCCAGGGGGUUCAAGACUCUACACUACCUGGAUCAACUAAGAGCUCAGCUAUCUGAAAGUGAGACCACCGGAUUGUUUGGUCUCGGGCCGGAGAAGUCCGGCAAGCUUCUGGCAGCCUGUGUGGCUGAAACUUCUUUGCUCAGUGCCCUCUACUGGGUCAUCUGUGCAGGAGCCCUGCUUGGCCGAAAUCUGAGCUCAGAAGAUUCUGAAUCUCUGUCGCAAGUCCUUCACUUGGUCCGCUCCUGUCGCAAGGGUGCCGGCUUCGCCCCCCAUCCGAGCCACGAGCCCGACUUGCUGUCCACUGUCAGCGCCGUGCAGCUUUCGGUGAUCUUGAAGCGGCCUGAGAUCCUCGAAGAUGGCACCGGUGCCACCCGCAAGUACAUCCUUUCCCUUCAGUUACCAGAUGGGUCAUUUACAUCUCGCAUAGGGUCUGCAGAAGAAGGUGACUGUCGAUUCACUUUCGCGGCACUCUGUGGCCUCUCACUGCUGCGAGAGCCGGGGGCGAAGGACGGAGGGGAGUUGGAAGAAGUUCGCGACCCGGCGAUGGUAGCUGAGUGGCUCUUGAACUGCCAAAACUUGGAUGGAGGAUUUGGCUGCCGGCCCAAAGGCGAGUGCGAAUCCCACGCAGGCCACACCUUCUGCUGCCUUGCCGGACUAAGCUUGCUGCAGAUGAUACCCCGAAUGACACAUCGGAGCAGGCAGAGGCUUAUCCGAUGGCUGGGAAGUCGGCAAUGUGAAGGAGGUGGCAUAAACGGAAGGCCUGGCAAGAAGGCAGAUGCUUGCUACACGUGGUGGACCCUGGCCAGCGCGAAACUGAUAUUGUCCUCGGAGGGAAGCAGUCCUUCCGCAACUCUAGCAGACUUGUUCGACCUUCCCGCCUUGGAGAAGUUCCUGGAGGAAUGCGCAAGUCCUGAUGGAGGAGUCGCGCCCCAUCCUGGCGACGACCCCGAUCCUUUCCACACGUUCUUUGGGCUGUCUGGCUGGUCCUUAGCAGCCCAUGCACAAGCAGACGCUUCAACCAAGGGUUGGCUUCAGGAUAUGCAUGCUUCUCUUGUGCUGCCCGUGGGCUUGACUGGGACAGUUUGA